CACCUCUAAAACACGAUGGCCAGUGCUGUGCCUAUCGGGGCGGUUGCUAAAGAGAACGGGGAUGUGGUGCUCCCCGCCACACAGCGUCCAGAUGGUACCUGGCGCAAGGAACGGCGAAUAAAGAAGGGCUACAUCCCGCAGGACGAGGUAGCCAAGUUCGAGACGCGAGGGACACAGAACCAGAAGUACCUGAAAAAUCGGCUUCCCCCGGGCAUGGCUCCAGAGUCCGCUUCCGAACCCAACAAGCCUCUCACGGCAGCGCAAAAGAAAAAUCAGGCUCGGGCCGCUGCACGCAAGGCGAAAAAGGCGGCGGAAAGGGCCGCGUGUGUCGGCGACGACGACGACAACGACGACGACCAAGAUGGUGUCGAAACCGCCGCUAAGGCACUGGGCGGGCUGAAGGUUUCUGCGGGAGGCGGUGGUGCUUCCGGAGAACAAACAGCGUCGGAGCCGUUGGACUCGGCGAGAAAGAUAAAAGCGCUCAACAAGAAGAUCAGACAGGUUGAGGAGUUGGAGGCGAAGGUGACGUCGGGGGAGGUGGUUCCUACCGAGGAGCAGCGACAGAAGCUGGCGAGGAAGCCAGCCCUGGUGGCCGAGCUGGCGGAGCUCCAAGCAUAGAGGUGGGAGCCGGGAGGGCUAGCCGGGACAAGACCCAAAGGAGACCGGUCAUGACCUCGCGGAGCGGUUGAAAGUUCGGCUGUUGUCAUCUGGGGAAAAGCUUCUUCGCCGUUAGGAAGUGCAAGGAACUUGAUAAACAAGCACACACGGCUGUCAAGUUCUUUCCCUGUCCCAUUGGUGCUCGGUGCUGCUCCAGCCGGGCUGUGUGCAGGCCAUCGUGUUCAGUUUCUCGUACACGCGGAUGCCUACGUAUGUAGGCCCAGGGUGCAUGUGGAUCCCUGAAUCUCUCGAGGUUGUGGCAUGUUGUGGUGGUCACCGUGUGGUUCCUCGAAGUCUGGGCUGAAGCCCCAUGGGGAGUUAGUUCUACCGCGUGGUGGGCGUUCUUAGUGAAGAAUAAGAAUAACGAGAAAACGCUUGAGGGCAAACUCGCGAAAGAGUUCGUUCGAACGGCUGGAAAUCUUGUUCGGUUUUUUAGUGGGACUGUGUGCUGUGCCCGCUCUUUGGGGGCAACAAGCAAGGACAUGUGGGAUAGGUGAAGGAUACCUAGUGUACAGAUGUCGCGUAGCGUCAAGAGGCACUGAGUGGUGGGUAGUAUCUUUAAUUUGUCUUGUAUCGAAGGAUUCCGUGACCGCGACCUGAGGCUCUGUGCAUUCAGCGACAUUUUAGAUACAGGUAG